AUGAUUGGUUUUCAGAGACAAUCAUCAAAACAAAUUGUUUCAAACUACUUUCAAAAUAUUGUCCAGUCAACAAUUAAUGGAAAUGUACAUGAAAUUCAGCAAGCUUUUGAAGCUGAAAAAAAUUCUUCAAUAUUAUUAGGUUCUAGUUUCUCAUUUCCUCCACCUCCGAGACUUUCAAGAAACAGUAAAGAAAUUGUACCAUGCAAAGAAGUAUCAUUAUUACAUAUUGCAGCGUAUUACGAUAAUUUAGAAGCAUUUUUAUUCUUAUUAUCAAAAGGGAUACCAUUGAGACUUGCUUCUGGAGCUGGGUAUCUUCCAUUGCACUAUGCUUGCGUCGGAAAUGCAAAAGAAGUUGUUGCAUAUAUUCUUAAGAUAGAUCCCGAACAAGCAAGUCUCGAAUUAGAAGUCGUCUAUCCACUUAUUAACUUAGCAAUUUAUGCAAAUAGCCCAGAAAUUCUUAAAAAACUUUUCAAAUUUGGUGCAAAUUUACAAUCUCCUAAAAAUAUUAGUGCAAAACCAUUCGAUCAAGCUCUUCGUUCUAAGAACUUCGAUUGCUUACUCAUCCUCCUUCAAGGAAGAUGUCGAACUGAUGUUACAGUCGCUGAAUUAAACCCAUUGAUGCUUGCUGUUGUAAAUGGAAUGACAGAAGCUAUCGAGCCACUUAUACAAAGAGGUAUUUCACCAUAUGAAGUCAAUUCUAAGGGCGAUACUGCUUUAACUUGCGCUUGUACGAUGGAGAACGUCGAAAUUGUCAAGCUUCUCUGCAAGAACAUGAAUGCCAUCGAAGUUAAGACCAAUGGAAACAAACCAUCUGUUGCAUAUUAUGCAGUUAGGUCCGGAAACUUGGAAAUUCUCAAAACCGUUUUAGAUAAAGGCUGCACGCUUGAUAAAUUCGAUGCUAAAGGUAAGACAGCUCUCCAUGCACUUACUGUUGUUAAUGAUCAAGAUACUGCAAACGAAAUGCUUAAAUUAUUAAUUCAAUACGGAAUUAACAUUAAUAAUCGUUAUAAUUCCGAUUCCUACAGGUUCUUAGAAGAUCUUGUUAUUAACUACACUGUUAAAGAUUACAGUACUCUUGUAGAAACCCUUCUUCAAAAUAAUGCUGAUCCAAAGCUCAAAAUGCCUGAUGGAAAAACUUUACUCACUUUCGUAUCUAAGUAUAAAGGAUCCAACAAUCAAAGAGAGAGCAAAUAUUAUUCCAUUUUCAAGAGAUUUUAUCCGGAACUUCAGUAA